AUGAUAAUCAAUUACCGAGCUAUUGACGUUUCUUGGCUUAUCUUAAUGUCGUACUUGGUAUCCUUCUCCCUCGCAAAAUGGACUGGUAAAGUAGGUGACUCAUGGGACUGUGUCUUGGACAACCCACCAAGAAAAAUCGACUCCAAGACCAAAAUUUACGAUAUCGACUUAUUUGACAGCUCAACCGAACUCAUCAAAGACCUCCACUCAAAGAACAAAGUAGUAAUAUGUUACUUCUCAGCUGGUACGUUUGAAGAAUGGCGUCCUGAUGCAGACAACUUCACUAGCUCAGAACUAGGUGAACCUUUACACGAAUGGGAAGGUGAACGUUGGGUUAACAUUUCAUCUGCAACAGUUUUUGAGAUUAUGCAGAAGCGGAUCUUGUUAGCCAAGGAAAAAGGGUGUGAUGCAAUAGACCCCGAUAAUAUCGAUGCAUAUGAUCAUAAAACAGGAUUGAAAUUGACUAAAUCGGAUUCAAUAGUGUAUGUUAAGAAAUUGUCUAAAUUCGCCAAAAAACAUGAUCUUGCAAUUGGAUUGAAGAAUGGUGGUGAUAUAGUUAAAAAAGUAUUGUCAUACGUUGACUUCUCUGUUCAAGAACAAUGUGGACAGUAUAAGGAAUGUAAACAAUAUCAAUCUUUCGUCAAAGCUAAGAAGCCAGUUUUCCACAUUGAAUACCCACCUAAGAAGUCUAAACGAAACAAAAUCCAUUGGCCCUCAAAAACUUAUAAGAAAUUUUGUACUUUUAAAAACACUGAUGGGUUUUCAACAAUUUUAAAACAAUGGAAUUUAAAUGAAUGGGUAUACCAUUGUCCGAAUAAAUAA